AUGAUGUAACUAAAUUUAAUUUUUGAACAAAGAAGAAAUCAACAUUAAGUAAAAUCAAAGAGAAAGAAAUAUUUUUUAUAUCAUGAAGAUGAAUACUUUAAAGAUAAAAAAUCAAUUUAUUGGGCUUAUGUCACCAUCAAAUAAGUAUGAAGUUGUUUAAAAGAACCUAGGAGAAUGAUUUAUAAUUGGUCGUAGAUAUUUGUAAUUAAUAUUUACUCUAAGGAAUUGAAUUGAAUUUAACUAACUUUGUAAAUUAUGAUUAUAUGCAUUGA